AUGGCAUCCAUGGCGGGGAUAUGGGGGCCAGCGGCCGUCCGUCUCCUCCGUGUCGCUGCCGCGAGAGCGACCGAAGCCGUACGGGCGAACAUAGCCAGCGCCGUGCGGCCGCUCCACGGAAAACCACAAUACAUUCCCAUUCGGUCCGGUUCGGCCGGCCGACAACCGAUUCAUCCAGCCGCUUUUCUCAAGCAGCAGCGGCGCUGGAUCUCGCGAGUCUCGGGCCAGCACGUUCAGGCAGUUCGCCGGUUCCUCAGCACCACACCCCACGGCGGUGCUCGCCAGCCGUUCCACCGAUCGCAGCUACCUUCGUCCAACACCUCUCGACGUGUUGCCCAAUUCUCCGGCCGGGCUCCCUUUGCGAAUGCACUACGACCAAACUUGACAGGCGGUGCCAUGCCGCGCUCUGCCGGUGGUUACGGCAUCGGAGGUGGUGGCGUUCGGUACUUCUCGCAUACCCCUGCGGCGCCUGCCCAGGUCGUGCAGAAUGUAUCCCAAGCCAUGAGAGCCUUUUUCCUCUCGGGCCAGCGCUUCCAGUACGAUGGUUUCGGGGCCAACGGCGAGCCCAAGUACCGCGCCAUUUCGGCUCUUGAGGACCAGGCUAUGCGCAAGAUGGCCAUCUUUCCCCGCUUUGCUUCGGGCUCUUUCAUUGACUUCAAGCUCAGCCCCACGAUCACUGCCAUGAGCCCUCUCGCUGCCGCUCUCAUCGAGGCCUCUGAUAUUUCCGGCUUCAAGGGUGCCGCGCCCUCCGAUGGCACCUCCCUCAAUACCGAAGGAUUUCUUGAUGUGCUGUCGACCGACUUUGGCUGUGCGCUCAAGGAUCUUACUGCAGUGUAUGCAGAUCUUCGACGACUAUCUGUUCUAGGAGACUUGCCCGUUGUCAUGGAAAAGAGCAACGUUAUCAGGGUUCGAUUCCCAGGUGUUGACGUACACACCUUAGAAAGCCUCUGCGACGACAUUGGCAUUGAACGGGGUGUCCUUGGCCAAGACCCUCAGUCUGACAAUAUGCAUAUGACGCUUCACAUUCCAUUUGCACCCGAGUCAGCCAAGACGUUGACAUCGCCUGGUGGCUCCACCAGGUCUGUUUGGGGACCCGGCUCGGGAUUCGACUCUUUGAGCGACGAUUCCUUCAUUGAAGAGGCGUUUGAACUUGAUGGAAAGCCAUGGCUGUCAGACCCUGAAGAAUAUGAAAGUAUUUCACCGGCUAGUGGCUCGGGAGCGCAUUGUUCGCAGGAUUAUGAAGGCCUUGAAGGCAUAUAUAGAUUUUUGGAGGAAUGCGAUAGGGCUCAGGGCAGGGUUGGCUAA